UCGAAAGAAUAAAACUGACGCUCAAAUACAGACACAAGACACGUUCGCAAAAUGAACUCUCAGGCCUCGUCCCAAAGCACCUCUACGCAACGGGUGUCCACAGCGCAGCGACAACUUGAACCCAGCCGCUACCAAGUCCCACCCCCCAGUCACUGUCAUCACAGACCACGCUUGAAACGAACAGCAAGGCUGAAACCGCACCUCGGAUAACGAUCGAGAGACUAAUGCACACCAACAUAGCCAAGAUCAAAUGAGAGUAACUAAAGCGGAAGUCCGGCGCUUCAACACCAUCAAUCACAACUCGUUCCGUUGACGCCCCCUCCAACCCGGCGCCUACGUCUAAUAAUAGCAAUGAGUUCAAUUCUCUUUAUUUUGAACCUGCAUUCCUACAAACAUGGACUGACUCGUCUCGUUCUUCUUCAGUCGAUAUUUGAUUCUCGACUGCAGUCGGUGCGACAAUUUGUUUGUUGCGCACAUCGACGCCAUGUUUGCCUCGCAGCCACUACAAUAUACCCUCUACCCAUCAACAACACCAACAAUAUCAACCCUUCUCUAUUUCGCCCUCCUCCUCUCCACAACCCCCUCAACAACAGCCACAGACACAGACACACAAACAGCAAACGCAACAUGUUACUGGCCCAACGGCCAAACAGAUACCAAUUACGUCCCCUGUCCAAACAGCAAAACGUGCUGUCUACGCGGCGAAGCCUGCCUCUCCAACGGUCUCUGCUACGGUCCGAAACUCAACAUCGCCUAUCGAGGCGCUUGCACCGAUGACUCGUGGCCUAUUAGUGAAUGUCCGCGCGUGUGUUAUACGGAAAUCCCAGACCAAUGGGCAAAUCUCUUCUCCUGUCCUAAUUCCACAACUAACGUCUUCACCUGUGGAACCGCCGGCUGGGCGACCGACGUAUGCGACCAGAAUGUAGGAACCUGGCAAUGGGAUAGUGGGAAUGUGACGAUUGGGCAAAACGGACUUACUUCGUUGUCCACCACCACCACCACCACCACGACAACAAAUUCUUCCUCCACCACUACGAAUACAACCACCGGUGUAUCUGUUUCCAGCGGCUCGAAUAACCUGACGACUUCCUCCGGGAUACCCACAGAAACAACGAGUUCUUCUUCUUCGUCAAAAAUCUCAGCACUCGCGCUAGGAGCUGGAUUAGGCGCCGGACUGGGGGUCCCGCUGCUUAUUCUGUCGGCGUUUAUGGUCUACUUUUGUGUGAGGGUGAGGAGACGGCUGCGGGCGGCUGGGUUGGAGGGUCAUGAGAAUCCAAGACGGGUGCCGUAUCGACAGCAGGGUGUCGUGGAGAUAGCUACUCAGUCGCAUAAUAUGGCGACGGAGUUGGAUGGGUUUAGGCCUUGUCGGGCCGAGUUGUAUGGGUGAUGCUGGCAUGCACUGUUGUUUAUUUCGAUCCGAGUUAUAUUAUAUUUUUAUGGGCCUGGUGGGGUUCUAAAUUUGAUUAUGCAUUAUAGCGAGGUAGGCGCCUCGCCAUUCGAGGCAUAGAUGUGAGGCUAGAAUGCUGUCAGCUUCGAUUUUGCUGUGCAUGAUCCGGCGCAAAGACACAUGUUUGAG